AUGGCGGUCCCCCAGCGGACCCUCAGCUGGCUCUAUUCAGUCUUGACCAAGGAUCACUAUGACCCUAAGCAGACCUACCACGAUCCCAACCGCACCUAUCACGACAUCGUCAAUGCGCUAGCCCAAUACCCUACGCUCUCGCCUCGAACCGAUGUCUACACUUAUGAGAAUGGCUUCUCGGCCCUGCUCCUCCAUCUGGUAGGCACGCUGCCUGUCGUCUUCCGCGGCUCGACAUAUCGAUUCCCCGUCACGCUUUGGAUCCCGAAUACCUACCCACGAGAGCCCCCGAUCGUUUAUGUCACGCCGACGCAGGAGAUGACCGUCCGGGUUGGGCAACAUGUUACGCUGGAGGGACGGGUGUAUCACCACUACCUGGCGCAUUGGGCCGAGGCAUGGGAUAGAUCAACGACUGCCGAUCUUCUCUCAAUCCUCCGCGAAGUCUUCGCGAAGGAGCCUCCGGUCCGAUAUCGUCAGCAAAUGGCCCCUCAGCCUCAACUGCAAGAGACACAAGCCCCGCCGCCAUUACCACCAUUGCCUCCUGGAAUAGGACCAUCUUCAACGACUAAUCACCAGCCGACCCCAGCCCCUACGGUAAAUACCCCGCCACAGCUACCACCAAAACCUGGGGCAGGGAAUGAAACCCAACAGCGGCCGACACAGCUUUCAGACCGAUAUCAGUCCCCUCCACCUCUUCCUCCACUUCCACCAAAACCACAUGAAUCGGGUCGAGUUGCUCUGCCCGGACAAGCCCAGAUGGCUAGCCCGGGAAAUACAGCACACCACUUCGCUGGACAGCCUUCCAUUUCACAAACCAUGACCCAACCUCCUGUUCAAUCACCACAUAGUAUCGCAACAUAUAACGGAAACAGCAGUGGCCCGAUUAGUCCAGGAGGCCAAUUCCCACCACCACAGCAACAGUUUCCCCAUCAACUCCCACCAGCCCAUGCUCAAGUACCACAAGCUCAGUACUCAGGAUACAAACCUCAUCCACCACGACAUCCAGCACCACCUACCGGACCCCCAUACCCCCAGCAUUCUCCAUACCCACAAGGCUACCAACACCCACCACCCUCCACAGCAGCGCCAAAGACAAAGCAACAAACGCCAGACCUUCUCACCUCACCAUUCGAACUCGAACUCCCGUCCUUCGCGCCCGCAGGACCCGCACCCCCAAUCCCGCCAAACCCAGAGAAAGAUGCCCUCCUCCACGCCGUCUCCAAGACCCUCGCCGAGACCCUACACGCCCACGCCACACAGUCCGAUACAGCGGCGCAAUCUCUCGUCUCCCAGUCACGCUCACUCCACGCAGCAAUGGCCACGCUCCAGGGCGAAGUCUCGAACCUCAAUUCGCUUCACGCUUCUCUCCAGUCAAAUACCGCCAUUCUGCAACAAUCCAUUCACCGCGCCGAUGCUACAAUUGCUGAUGCACAGGUUCGCUCCGCGUCUGCGUCUGCGGCCGUACCUGGCUCGUCAGUUGUGCCAUCUGCCUCAUCUGCGGCGGACCCGCAAUCAGGUCUCCCGCCUAUCGACGAGGUCCUGGUCGCUCCGACCGUUGUAGGCAAACAACUCUACGAUCUCGUCGCAGAAGAGCAGGGACUGCAGCAUGCAUUGUAUGCUCUGCAGGCGGCUCUUGUUCGCGGGGUGAUUGGUGUAGACUCGUGGUCGAGACAUACGCGUGGUUUGGCGCGUGAGGCGUUCCUUAAGCGUGCGCUUAUUCGUAAGAUUGGACUUGGGAUGGGGUUGGAGGAGGCUUGA